AUGGGCAGACAUAUCGCAAAUUUCCUCAAGGGAGAAGAAGAGGCCGAUCCAACUAUAACGGAGGAACUGGAAAGGCAGUUGACCCGCAUCUAUACUGAGAAAGAAAAAGAGCCUGAUAGAAAAAUACCAUUCAGCGACCUCACAAUGAAACAACUGGCCAGUCAUAUGGGCGUCGUUCCUGGCAACCAAGACUUUGACUGGCAGGUAUUAGAGAAACUAAUCGGAACAAUAGCACGAUUUCUUGCGAUGUGGGAAGAGCAUACAGAUGGCUCCACGCUCAACGAGACUCGAUGCCGUUCACGGCUCGAUUUGAUUCUCAUUAUCUUUCUAGAUGAAGUGAAGCAAUGCAGGUCGAUUGGCUCCCAGGACUUGAAGAUUCAACACGAAACGCCUUUGUCCGGUAUAACUCCCGACAAAGCGCUUGGAGUUUCCGGUUAUGCGGAUUAUACAUUGUGGUUCAAAAACCACGACGAUGCAAUUACGCACGUCAUAGUUAUCGAGGCAAAGAAACAGAGUGAGUUUUCGCGCGGUAUUCCCCAACUCUUGGGAUACAUGUCCUCGCACAUCUUAUCUAUUAUGAUUGAACGCGGAUAUGCCGUUACUGCCACCGUGCGCUCUCAAGGCAAUGCGGACGACAUAAUCAAAACACAUCCCUCAUGGAAGGACAAGAUUCAAUUUGCGAUUGUGGCCGACUUCACGUCCACAAAGCCAUUCGAUGAUCUUUCCAAAAUACAAAGACCCCUUUUAACUAUAACAACGGAGAUUCUCAAAGCCGCCCAUCACUACGGCGGCGCGGCAUUGAAGCGCUUCGUCCUGCUAGGUAGCGAAGUCUCUGUUCACAACUCUUUCGAAGACAUGUCUCGAGAAGGGAAGUCGUAUACCGAGAAGGAUUGGAGCCCGGUAGGCACUUAUUGCCAUUCGUUUUCGUCUCUUAGUUCUCCCAGCUCACAGGCCACCAGGUCACAGCCAAACAAGCUAUCGAGCGAAAGGACACUGUGCUCGGAUAUAACGUAUCCGAGAUCCGUGCGGAAGCCGCAGCCCGGGUGGGAAUUCAUCAAACAAAACACGCCGUCCUUCGACCUGGUCGUAAUUAACCCAGAUAUCAUCAUCGGACCAAUGAUCCAUCCGAUCUCGGGGCCCAGGUCAAUCAUCGAGACCAACCAGUUCGCUAUCGUGAGCUUUAUCGACGGAACAUAUAAGCAGAUCGAAGGGGUCGCGUUUCCGUUCUAUCAUUUUGUCGAUGUCCGAGACGUCGCGCGCAGCCAUGUCGACGCACUUAAAAACUCAUAG